CUCAAAACUAAUAGCGUCGAAGUUACCUUUAUUGAAACUAUUCGGGAACUGUAGAAAUAACUCCAUCUCAACAGGGGAAAGCUUCUUGAUCACAUCACCAUCCUGCCAACACGAGUCAUGGCUAAUUGAAGAGCUUUCUAUACUGUGCGACCGAUAUGAAGUAGAAGACUAAAAAAAGCUUGUUUAUUUUAUAACACAGCAACAUUGUCCUGAGUGUGGUUGCCGUAACAGGCCACCCCUUCCCGAUCCACCCCACGGAACUAGCCAGCAACUAACUUAGCGAGCAAAACCCCCCAACGCCCCCACGUCUAUUAAAAGUAAACGUUUCAAAUAUAACGAAAAAUCUCAGCUGGCCCAAUAAUCGUGGCUACCAUACCCCAGACUCUGGGGAACCGUCGGCAUUGACGAUUGGGUAUGGCCCACGUGCAUCGGCCGGAACUGCCAAUUUCCACCAACCAAACAUCACCGUCGCUACCAACGCAUGCAGCUGUACUGUACACUGCCAUGCAACACAAAGCCCCUCCGCAUAAGCUUCAUGUACCGAACAAGCGAAUUAGAUGACCGUAUUGCUUCGCAUUGGCCAUGGAUCUUGCCGCUAGUGUCUGUAAAUGAAUACCGAGGUGCCAUCAUCGCAUCGCUUCGUCCUGUAUUCCAACGUUACAUGGAGCUUCCUGAAGAGGCUACCCCAUGUAAGACGGUCUAGAGCUAAUGCCCAUACUAACAGUAUCUAGUCUAUAUGAGCUAGAGCAACGAGCUAUAUAAGGGUGACUUUGUUCCCCAGGAUCUCAACAGUUCUGGCAAUAGACACCCCGCAAUUCCAUAAAGAACUCGUUUACCUAUCAUCAUCAUCAUGAGAUACGCUCUGAUCCCCGCCAUUGUCACUGGCCUGCUGGCCACCGAUGCGCUCGCGCGUGACGUGCCAGCCAACAUCAAGAGCCUGUACAAGUCUAUCCGGGCCAAGGGCACUUGCAGCAACAUUCUCAAGGGUGGCUUCUACAGCCAGGAAAAGGACUCCAAGGACUUUGCGUAUUGUGGUGACCAUCUAGAGUCAGAUGGCAUCAUCUACCUCCAGGGCACUCAUGGCAACCUGGUCAACAUGGACAUUGACUGUGACGGCCACCAAAGCAAGGGCAACGGCGACUGCGCCAGCUCAGGCGAUACACAGUCGCAGACAACAUGGAAGAGCAUCGUCAAGGGCUACAACAAGGGCAUUGACGACGUUGAUGCCUACAUCCACUCGUAUGUCGUGCUAGGCAACGACGGCUCCAAGAGCGGUUAUGUCACAUUUGACCCGCGCAAGUACGGCGUCGAUCCUCUGUCGGUUGUCGCUGUCGUGUGCGGCGACAAGAUGUUCUACGGUGUCUGGGCCGAUACCAACGGCGAUGACGGGCCUCCUCUGGUUGGCGAAGCCUCUCUGUCCCUCGGCCAAGCCUGCUAUGGCCGAGCUGUCAACGGCGACGCUGCUCACGAUGCCAACGACGUCCUCUACAUUGCGUUCAAGGGCAGCAAGGCCGUCCCUGGAGCUAACGGGGCCAAGUGGAACGCAAAGAGCUUUACCGACUUUGAGUCUUCGAUUUCCGCGCUCGGUGACAGCUUGGUCCAGGGCAUCAAGGGUUAGAACUGGUUCGCCCCAUAGCAUGUCAACACCCGCUGAACACCUUCUAUGGUGCUAUCGUUCUUGAGGGUUCAUGAACAUAACAUGAAUGAUUCUGUGUAGAAAGUAGUUUUUUAAUUGGUGAAUAGAAAAUGCACAUAUUAUGACACGCCCGAUGACCUAUGCCGAAAUGAGUGUACAUGUAUAUCGUGAUGUGACAAGAAAGCGGUCAUUCCGCUUUACCGGCGUCCAACCAACGGUAGAAAAAAACAGACAAAUGUGCAGACAAAUAUAUAACGCCUUUUGCUCCAUGCUGAUUCCCAGUGAUUCCAAAUGCGGCGCCGUCCUUUCCUUGAUGCGCCCCGCUGCCAUAAUUAGAAUGAAAAUAUCUCGAAAAGAAAAUGUUGUUUUCUUGUGAUGCUGCUAUCGCUGCUAUCGAUCCAGAAGUUGCUGCUGGUGCUAAUGCUGAUGUUGAUGCUGCUGCAGCAGUUGUUGCUCGUUAUUCGAUAAACGGCUUCUUUUGGCCACCAACCAUGCACAAGCCCAAGGCACGCAACGAGUCGCGGUCAUUGGCAAGGAUAAUGGUGCGCGCUGGAAGCAUGGGAUUGGAGGCGUCGACCUUGGCAGCAUCCUUGGCGGCUUGCUCAAUGGCCUCCAUUUCCUCUUUGCAUCCUUGCUGGUCCAUUGGGCAUAUGACAAUUCGUUGACGAAGGCUGAUAUCGCGCGCACCGCUUAAUUGUAGCUACAAAUAAGAUGAUACAGGUUAGAUUUCAUGAUACACAUUGGAUAACACAGAUCAGUGUUGGGCGAAAACGAUACCUUUAUGUUGAGAAAGAACUCAAUCUUGUAGAGUGAGGACUGUGUUGUAAAUGAGGCCAGCUCGUACAUGGGAAACGCCGCUUUUCCUCGCUUGACAAUGCCAUCCGAGUCGCGGAGGUCCUUUGCGGGGAACACCAGGCCCAUGUUGGUGGCAUAGCCGGCUUCGGGCAGCUUGGCCUUGACGGACUGAGCCUGCUUGGCGAGCUUGUUUAUUUUCUUGGUGGGCUCAUCGCCGUCGGGGUUAAAGGUGAUUUCCUCUUCGAUUUGUAGUGUAAUCUUAUCAAUGGUGACUUUUUUGGCUUUGCUCAUCCAGUCGAGAUUCGGUGAGACCUUGACAUAAACCGCUAUCGGGUCACCGGGGCCGUAGCUCCAGCGCGGCAAGUUGACGCCGAGAUGGACAAUGUUAUCGCUAGUGGCGAGCUUUGUUUCGGGUUUAUUGUACAUGCCAAAGGUGGAGAGAGUGUCGUAACGCUGAAGAGGCAUGGGAAAGGUGUACUUGAACUGGUUGCUAUGGCCCUGCUGGACGAUGACGACGAUUUCGUAAAAGGUUUCGACGGUUCGGUUGCCAAUCUGAAGGGAAGCGGACGGAAUGCGACGCGUAGACUCUUCGCCGCCGCGGCCAAAAGGAAUAAAUAUUACAAAGGGCAGAUCCAUGGCGAUGACACUCUCUGCCUCUUUGCCGGUGGAGCAGCGGAAGAGGAGGAGUUCCUUGCCAACCACAUCUGUUGUUUCGCGACGGGCAGCACCGAGGUGGCGCUUGGCGAGGUUGUCGGCAUCGGGAUGUAUUGAUUCUCUGCGCUGAAGGCAUAUGCGGACGAGAGAGAUGGGGACGGGCAUGGAAAAGCCCUGGCCUGGACGGAUCUCGACUUUACCUUCGACACGGGG